CCAUGGAGCGGCUGGAGCGCUGCGGGCGGUGGCUGCGGGCCGCGCUGGCCGGGGGCCGGGUGCGCCGCCGCCUCCCCGCCGCGCUCCUCGCCAUCGCCCUGCUGGGCUCCGCGCUCAAGGACAGCGAGCUGGUGCCCGACACGCCGCUGCGGAACAAGCGAAACCCGCUCAACGUGUACUUCGUGAAGGUGGCCUGGGCUUGGACCCUGUGGCUGCUGCUGCCCUUCAUCGCUCUCACCUCGUACCAGCUGGCCCGGACCAAGCUGCUGUACGGGCGCACGCGGAGCACGCUGCUGGCGCUGCGGCGGCUGAGCGGGCUGGCCGUGGGCACGGCCGUGUGGUUCUGCUGCACCCAGCUCUUCGUGUACAUCGAGAACCUCACCGGGGAGUGCUCCGUGCCCGCCAAGCCCGGGGAUGCCCCCCGGCUCUACGCCACCAAGCGGGAAUGCCACCAGGACAGCGGGGUCUGGAACGGCUUCGACAUCUCGGGGCACUGCUUCCUGCUCUCCUACUGCGCCCUGAUGAUCCUGGAGGAGGUGGCCGUGCUGGAGGGAUUGUCCAUGGACCACAGCUCGAGGCUGCGCGUGGUGGUCAACGUGCUGUUCGUCUCCUUGUGUCUCCUCACCGUGAUCUGGGUGUUCAUGUUCCUCUGUACUGCCCUGUACUUCCACGACUUCAGUCAAAAGCUUCUCGGUGUGCUGAUAGGUCUGUCGGGCUGGUAUGGCACGUACAGGUUUUGGUAUCUGAAACCCUUUUCUCCUGGACUACCUCUUCCAAAUAUACCUUUGAGUUCAAAGAAAUACAGCUAUAGCAGAUAAAGUGGGGUUUUUAAAAUAGUUUGGAUUUUGCUUUCAGUACUGGAGUAGUUGAAUGUAGGAAUGGUUACUGUAUUUCCACUGUAAGGAGCAAGGUGAUGGGUUGGAGGAAACCAAAUCUGUACUAGCCAGUGGCUGGCAGGUGGUAAUGAGCUUCUUCCUUGGGAGAAAAAAAAAAUGGUACUGGAAGAUGUCUGCUUUUGUUGAGGAGCUGAUGACUGGCAUUGUCAGCAAAGAAAUCAGAAGUUGAAUCUGUUUCUCUUACUAAUAAAUGAAGGAGCAGACCCAAGGCCAACAGAGACCUUUGCUCUUUAAGAGCUUGACUGAUCACAAUUAAUUCUCCCUCUUUCUUUUUGGUUCAUGUCAAAAUAUUGUGGAUGAUCCAAACCUUAUACUUUUUUUGUAGUGUUCCUCUUUAUAUUGCCUUAUGGGAAAGCUCUAAUAAUGACAUUGCAAAAAUAUCAAUUGUUAAAGCAGUCCUGUUGUGAAACUGGAACAUCCUGUGUUUUCAAGUGUUAAAAACACUAACUUGCCACAAAAGCCUCGUAGCUGUCUGCACCUCCUGCAACAGAGAGUAAAUCUGAGAUGUAAUCUCUUAAGCAGACUGUGACUUUAAAUUCUUGCCUGCCUCUGAAAAGGAAAUUCUUGAAAAAACAAGCCUUAACUUUCUCCUUAGGUGAAGUAGAGACAAUAUUUUGUGAUUUUAUUCUUGAGAGGAAAAAAACAAACUCCUUCCUGAAGUUUUACUAAAAAAUCUAGUUAUGAGGAUUGGGAUUUUAAUUUUUUUAAGAAUCUAGCGAGUUGCACACUUUGCAACAACAAUUUCUUUGGUUUUUUUGUUCUUUCUUCUAGAAGAACAAUGAAAAUCUGGUGUUCUGAACAAGCUAGCUUAGCCUGCUAUUUCCCAAAUAGCCUGCUUGGUAAUGAGUGAAAUGCAUUGUUUAUCCUGGGAGCUGCAAAGCAGAGUGUGCUUGAAGCAAUAUUUGUUCUUGCUUAUCCAGCAAUAUCAAUAAGCUACUUAAUUUUGGUUGCACAGAAAGCCGUGGCCACUUUUGUUGUGGCUGGAAACCCACUACUGAAUAAAACACUAUUACUAGAUAAUGAAUAGGGGUGAGAUGGGUUUAUUCAUCAUAUCAGUUAGAUGUUUAGCAUAGUUUUUAUCUUGAAAAGCUUUUUAUUUUCUGACAAAGGCUCAUUUGCGACGCAGUUGCACAAAAUGUGUUUGACAGUGAUGAGCAAGACAGCCAGGAAGGUCUGUGGGCACCUGCACUGACCCCAGAGCGGGCUUGGUGUGGCUCCAGAGUGACUGUUUGCUGAAUACAGGGUGUGAGGCACUGGAGGUUAAUCAUGGCACAUUUUGCCAUAUCCACAUCUCCCUUCCAGCGAGAGAGUGGAAGCAUUUGCAGUUAAUGCAGCAGGGUUAGUUCCAUGCUGGGUUCUGCCUCUGAGCAGAGCUGAAUUCACUGGAAUUCCCACUGAGUUCAGUGGCAAGUGGGAGUCAUUGUGUGUCCUUAGGAAGAACAAAUCACCUCUUGGAAAGAAGCUGUCCAGGGGGUUGUGUAUUUUCUGUCAAGUUCCUCUUGGUUUUUGUAUUAAAUUGCCUUUUAAGCUGACUCUUUGAAAAUUGCACUGAUUAACUCAUAUUGGGUUUAACUAAAUUUGUUUGAACAAUGCAAAUUUAUUUGCAGACAUUCUUUUGAUGUAAUGUAAGCCUGCUCCCAGUAGAGUUAAGAUAGACCUCAAGCCACUCUCACCAUGAAAAAGGAUUAUAUACCCAGAAGGUUUUGUGAUUAAUUUCAUUAAGUUUCUAUUUUAGGUUAUCUUUAUGUAACUUUGCUGUAGAGACAAGCCCUUGGAACAAGAAAUGCUGUUUGCUUAAACCAACUGACUUGCUGAAAUGUUGUUCAUUUUCACAAACGUUUUGUGCAAUCACUGUGGAUGUUUUUGUCCACUUUAACCAGUGUCAUACAGAUUGUUUUGGUUUUUUUUUUAAUGGAAAUAAUGUGGGAUAUGGUUAGUCUCAAAACUUUUAUUUAAACAAUGAAAGAAAAACAUUUGAAAACUUUAUCAGUGUUUGUGUCUUUGAGAAUCCAUUUCUGAUACCUGUAAAGAUGCUGCUGUUGCUCUUCAUUUCCCUGGAUGAUCCAGCCUGCCUGUGUGUUUGUGACUGCUGAGACAAACUGGUCAAACUGUGUGAUCCAACUGACACUGAUAAUUCUGCAGUAUUUGAAUGGGUUAACAGAGCACAGGUUCUCAGGAGUGCAGGGUAUAAAAAGAAACAAAAUGGAACAAAGCCAUGGCUGACUAAAGCAAGUUUCCCAAUGUGGGCCUGUUACACCAGGCAGCUCAUUUUGUAGACAUGCUCAGUGGUUUAUUGUAGCAAAGUGAAAGCCUAAUCCAGUGAAAUAUCUGGGAAAAUUCCCAUGGGCUGUAGGAAUGCUGAUGAGUUUGGAAAUCUUGAUGUCUCUCUCAGUACCCAGAGACCGUGUGCCAGCUCUUGCCUUAGAGAGUUCCCUUGAGCUCCAGACCUUUCUUUGUGCCUUUUGAGUCUAUUCCAGAGUAGGAAUCUGCUUCCUUGCACUUCAGCUGGAAACUAAAGGUUGCAAAUCUCUUGCUCACGUGUUUCCCAUCACGUUUGUCUGACUUCCUUUCCUCUCCCAGAUGCACUUUUAUCAUUAAAAUAAAGAUGCAGCCUCUACAACAGGUUUGUAGCCACAGAGAAGCAGUGCUGGGAGGAACUGGAUUUGUUGUCCUGUGCCAAAGGACACAAAUCAGCUGUCGACAGGUAUUACUGACUUGUUUCAUGUUCUAGGUUGUUUUGGUUUUUUUGCUUUUCUGCAUUAAAGUAUCCCUCUUAUUCCCACAGAGCUGUAUUUGUGUGUCUGUAGAAUUACUUUGGGAAUUUUUGUCUCCCAAGAUCUUACUAGCAUAUUAUUUAUUUCAACAUCUUUCUGCUAAUUUUUCACUGCCUGUGUUUGGCCUGUUUUUGGGCUCUGUGUCACAGUUCUUUCACAGAAGCAGCAUUUGGCCUGGCUGAUGUGGCCAAGGCAAGUCUUGGUGCCUUAAAAUUUUUCCUCUGCUGGGAACAGCAAGGAAAGGAGUCUUGGUUGGAACACAGUGGGAUGAGUAACUGGCUUAGGAUUCAUUUCACUCUUCACUUACCUGGGACUCAUUCAAGUGUUUGCAUCACUGGAGGCAAGACCAGCAAACAGGAAAGUUCAGGUCUUUCGUAAGAGCCACGUGAGAGUUCAGACUUUAAACACACCUGAGCCCAGGGUUUGAUUCUUCCUCAAAGAUCUUUGUUCAAAGCAAACCUGGUCCAUGAACGCUCCUUCAGCUGGUGCUAAAUGAUAUUCCUGGUUUGCCAAUUUAUUUGUGUGUGCUGAGACUUAGGUUGUGGGUGGCUGCAAAACAAAAAAAAAAAAAAAAAAAAAAUCCUGUUUUCUGUUUUGGUGUGUGGCAACUCAGGAGAGUGAGAAACACCCAGUCAUGCCCUGAGGUGCACUUUAAUGGGAAGAACUGUAACAGGCUGCUGGGGUAGAUUAAACAUUUGGAAAAUCAGCCUUUAGUUGUGAGCACAAGUCUAUGGUCACUUCUCUCAGUGAAACAGUAUCUGAUUUUUCCACUGUAGCUUAAAGUAAAUCCCUGCAGCUUCUCUGCAAUUGGCCUUUUCCAGCUCUUUGAUCAGCCUGUGUUUAUCUCCAUUUGCUCAGAAACCUGUUUCCUGGGAUUAUUUCUUUUCAUAGCUCCGUCUCUCCUCCUGGAGCACAGAUUAGUAAUAAAUGCUCUUCACCUCUG